GCAAAUGAGGUGACUGAUAGUGCUUACAUGGGCUCAGAGAGCACGUACAGCGAGUGCGAAACCUUCACGGAUGAAGACACCAGCACACUAGUACAUCACGAGAUGCACGACGAAGUAGAAACAGACAGUGCCAUCGACUCCACCGUGCACUCGGAGUUCACGGAUCCCAUCGAGGAGCCGGAGCAUGGAUCCCAUCCGCACGACCUGCCCCUGGGCUCGGACCUCAGCCACUCCAUCGUUACGGUCAUUAGCGGAGAGGAGCAUUUUGAGGAUUACGGAGAAGGGAAUGAAGCAGAUUUGUUCUCCGACAGUUUGUGUAAUGGAGAAAGCAGCUUUAAUAGCUCCUCGUUCCUUUCUCCCAGCACCAAUCCGCUCGCUGCGAAACUGCACAGCAUUAUCGCAGAUGAAGCAUUUGAGUUUUACUGUAGCCAGUGCCACAAACAAAUCAACCGCCUCGAGGAUCUUUCUGCUCGCCUGAAUGAUCUUGAAAUGAAUAGUCCAAAUAAAAGACUCUCAAGCAAGAAGGUGGCAAGACAGUUGCAUCAGACGAGCGCGCUGUCCGUCGGGGUGAUGGAGGGGUCUUACCGGGAUACGCUGGAGUGUACAGAAGAGGACAUCACGGACAAGGUGGUCUUUCUGGAGAAGCGGGUGACGGAGCUGGAGAAGGACACGGCCGCUAACGGCGAGCAGCACAGCCGCCUCAAGCAGGAAAACUUGCAGCUCGUGCACAGAGCAAAUGCUCUCGAGGAACAGCUGAAGGAGCAGGAGCUGAGAGCUGACCAAACACUCCUGGAGGAGAUCAAGAAGCAGAGAGAGCUGCUGAGCAAAAUGGAGAGGGAGAAGAGCAUUGAGAUUGAAAACCUGCAGGCCAGGCUGCAGCAACUGGAUGAUGAGAACAGCGAGCUGAGAUCCUGCGUCCCUUGUUUAAAAGCUAACAUUGAAAGACUGGAGGAGGAGAAGCAGAAGCUGCUGGAUGAGAUCGAAGACCUCACUGUGCAGCUCACAGAGGAGCAGGAGAAAAAGAGGAAGAUGGGGGACAAGCUGAGUCAGGAGAGGCACCAGUUUCAGAAGGAGAAGGAGUCGACGCAGGAGCUCAUUGAGGACCUCAGGAAGCAGCUCGAGCACUUGCAACUCUUCAAACUGGAAGCUGAGCAGCGCAGGGGCAGGAGCAGCAGCAUGGGGCUCCAGGAGUACAACAGCAGGACGCGGGAGACGGAGCUGGAGCAAGAGAUCAAGCAGCUCAAGCAGGAUAACAGGAACCUGAAGGAGCAGAACGAUGAACUGAACGGACAGAUCAUUAACUUGAGCAUCCAGGGAGCCAAGAACCUCUUCUCAGCCUCCUUCUCUGAAUCCCUGGCAGCGGAGAUCAGCUCGGUCUCCAGAGACGAGCUCAUGGAAGCAAUUCAGAAGCAAGAGGAGAUCAAUUUCCGCCUGCAGGAUUACAUCGACAGGAUCAUCGUGGCCAUCAUGGAGACGAAUCCCUCCAUCCUGGAAGUGAAGUAAGGGCGGCCGAGAGCCACCGGCUGUGCGCUCGUCGAUGGGUGUGGAUUUGGUGCUCUGAGAGGAUAAAGAGGGACUCGAAACGUCUUUGCUCUUGAUGAAGGCACAAGGAAGCAUCGCGUCAGAUCG